AAACAAAGGGGGUCCACGAGAUUAGCCCAAAGCCUGUUAAUUUUCAAACCCUUCCGAACCAGUCACCGAAGGGUAUAAAGGCCGCUUUCCUCCUUCACCUUUUUGUUUUAUCUCUCUUUUUUCUUUCUCAUUAAGCACUGUAGCUAAACCUUUAAAUUUACUAUGAGAUACUCUACUAUCGCUUCUGUCUCCGCCCUCGCCUUGGCCUCCAUCUCCACCGCCGCUUCCGCUCCAUUCGGUCUCCAAAUCAGAAGAUCUGGAUCUGCGUACCAGUUUUCCUCAGUUGCUAUUGUUGACGGUUUGGUUGCUGUUGCCCCAUCGGUGGAGCAGCAGACCAGCAUCCAGGGCACUAUCGAGGACGAUGGUACCUUCAAGUUGUCUGACGGCUCUUUCCUUAUCAUCAAGGAUGACGGUACUCUCACCACCGGUACUACCGGUACUAAGGGCUUUGCCAUUUCUGGUGGUUACCUCGGCAUUUCUGGUUCCUCUGGUAUCAAUGUCUGCCCAAACACCACCAACAAGGAUCUUUCUAUCAAGACUUGUGAUGCUGCUUCUCCAGUUUCCUUAGUUCCACUUGACACUGCCGGUCAGGUUGUUGCUGACUUUUCCCCAGCUGCCACUGUUUCUUCUACCAUUUCCUCUGCUUCUGCCGUCUCUUCUGCCUCGUCUACCUCCUCCGCUGCUGAGACCAAGACCGUUGUUCACGAGUCCACCACUGUUGCCACUGUCACCUCUUGCGGUCCAGAAGCCACUGGUUGUACUGUGGUCACUAAGCCAGCAUCGUCUAUCCCACCUGUCUCCUCCUGGGUCGGCGGUGCUCAGAACUUGAACGGUGGCUUUGCCGUCGCCGCCCUUGCUGCUAUUGCUUUGGUUUAAAUUGGUGCCUUCAUGCCGUAUGUUUCAACUAGGUAUUUUUUUGCUAAUCAGUUAUCUCUAAUACCCAAAUAACUGGAAUUGAUUCUUUAGUUCCAUUAA